AUGGAGGACUAUCCCAAUCUUGUCGAGAUAGAUUCUCUCGAAAUACAAGUCAUCAUCGAUAAUGAACUUGAUCCCAUGUCCCCGGUACAACCUGAUACAGUCCAAGUCACGGGCGGGUCAAUGGGCCAUAUUGCACUGAUGACCUCGCCGAGUCUGCAACCCGAUGAGCGCGGAGGAGCAAUCAAAGAGUUGCGCAUGGAGGAUAUAUGCUGCUCAGCACAUGGCUUGUCUAUUAUGGCUACCGCCACCAGGGGCGAUGUCAAACAUACGGUGCUGUUUGACGUUGGCCCCGAAGAAGAAGCGUGGCGGAGAAAUGUCAAUCGUCUCAAGACCGAUAUAUCCCAGAUAGAGCUCAUUCAAUUGUCACAUUGGCACCGCGACCAUUCCGGAGGCAUGCUCGAAGCGAUCCGUAUGAUCAAUAAAGCCAAGCAAGACUGCGGCCAUACCGGCGACAAAGUGAUAGUCGAUGUGCAUCCCUCGAGGCCCGACUAUCGCGGCUUCCAGUUUGGCGAGAAACUAAUUUCACUCGAAGCCGAUCCAACCAUUGACGAAAUUCAAGACAAUGGCGCCCAAGCCAGUCAAAAUCACGAAACACACACCGUGCUUGAUGACAUGUUCCUCAUCUCCGGCGAGAUUCCGCGGCAGACCAGCUAUGAAACAGGCUUGAAGUUUGGAAUGCGGUUUGACAAGUCUGAGGGGGAGUGGUUUUCGGACGAAAAGGUUGCCGACGAACGGUUCUUGAUGUGCAACCUGAAAGGAAAAGGAUUAGUGAUGUUUACGGGCUGCAGCCACGCCGGAGUUGUCAACGCAUCUCGCCAUGCAAGUAAUCUGCUCGGCGGCAAAGUGCCAAUGCAUGCCAUUGUAGGAGGAUACCACUUGUCCCUCAGCGACCACAAGACGGUCGAAGACACAGUGUCGGACUUGAAACGACUGGAUCCUGCCAUCCUGAUGCCGGGACACUGCACUGGCUGGCGCGCCAAGUUUAGCAUUGAAAAAGCGAUGCCCGGCAGUCUUGUUCCGUGUACCGUGGGCACGAGACACAAGAUGCGCAACAAGAACGGCGUCCAGAAUGGAGUCAAGAAGAACAAGCCCAAGUCUCUCUAA